AGCAGCCCGUCCCCGUGCCGUGCGUGGUGGAUAAGCACCCGUUCCGUUCCGUUCCGUUUUGACAGGACGAGAUGAGAGGGAGAGGAUGGAUAAACUCGCGUGCGUGCUAAUCCCUGCCCGUUAAUCUCGGAUUACCCACGGUUACUCGCCAUCAUCUGAUCCGAUUCCCACUAUAAAUAGCCGCCCUCCUACUCAUCUCACAAACACCAAAGCCUCCGACUCCGAUCCCCGAUCACCACCACCACUUCCGAAUUCCGAUCCUCGAACCCACUUGCAGCGAUGGCGGCGGUGGAUCUGACCCCGAAGCAGCCCAGGAAGGCGUACGGCGGAGAGGGCGGUUCCUACUACGAGUGGAGCCCCGCCGACCUGCCCAUGCUCGGCGUCGCCUCCAUCGGCGCCGCUAAGCUCUCGCUCGCCGCCGGUGGCCUCGCGCUCCCCAGCUACUCCGACUCCGCCAAGGUCGCCUACGUCCUCCAAGGCACUGGCACCUGCGGGAUCGUCUUGCCGGAGGCGACCAAGGAGAAGGUGGUGGCCGUGAAGGAAGGCGACGCGCUGGCUCUCCCCUUCGGCGUCCUGACAUGGUGGCACAACGCCCCCACCGCGUCGACCGACCUGACGGUCCUCUUCCUCGGCGACACCUCCAAGGGCCACAAGCCAGGCCAGUUCACCAACUUCCAGCUCACGGGCUCCACCGGCAUCUUCACUGGCCUGACCACCGAGUUCGUCUCCCGCGCGUGGGACCUUCCCGAAGCCGACGCCGCGAAGCUGGUGUCAAGCCAGCCCGCCUCUGGCAUCGUCAAGACCUCCAUCGCGCUGCCGACGGGCUCGCCCAAGGACCGCGAGGGCAUGGCGCUCAACUGCCUUGAGGCGCCGCUGGACGUGGACAUCCCCGGCGGAGGCCGCGUGGUGGUGCUCAACACCGUGAACCUGCCCCUUGUCAAGGACGUCGGGCUCGGCGCCGACCUCGUCCGCAUCGACGCGCACUCCAUGUGCUCGCCGGGGUUCUCGUGCGACUCGGCGUACCAGGUGACGUACAUCGUCCGCGGCAGCGGGAGGGUCCAGGUGGUCGGGCCCGACGGCAAGCGCGUCCUGGAGACCCGCGCUGAAGGUGGGGUGCUCUUCAUCGUGCCGAGGUUCCAUGUCGUGUCCAAGAUUGCUGAUGCGUCUGGCAUGGAGUGGUUCUCCAUCAUCACCACCCCCAACCCGAUCUUCAGCCACCUGGCGGGGAAGACGUCGGUGUGGAAGGCGGUGUCGGCGGAGGUGCUGCAGGCGUCGUUCAACACCACGCCGGAGAUGGAGCAGCUGUUCCGGUCCAAGAGGCUCGACUCGGAGAUCUUCUUCGCGCCUCCCAGCUCCAACUGAAGCAGAAACAGCAGCCGGAAGCCGGACGCCCACUCCCCUACGGGGAGGAGAGUCAAUCUCGGUGUCGUCGUCGUCGUCAGGUCGUGGUUAGCUUGGUUUAAUAAAGAGAGUGGUGGUGGUCGUCGUCGGCUUGCUGCCUGCAUGCUUGCUUCUUGAGUCGUCGUUCAGUGCGUCGGUCGGUAGUCUUAGCGUCGUCAAGUCAGUCAGGGUAUUAGAGAAGAAGAGGUCCCGUCAUUGAACAUUUGAGAUGUGCUUCGGAGAUGAAUACCAUCUCUCAUGCACGCUUUUGUUAAUUAAUUAUUAUCAUUGUGGCGGUUAAUUAUCGGCUCUCUCUAUUU